CACCGAAUCUCCUCUCCAACCCAUCCAAAUGCUCUCCCACUUCUAGAGAGUUCUGAAUCACAAAGGCCUGACUUGCAUACCUACAGAGGGGAUUCGUUGGCUCAAUCGUGUAUCAAUGGCGUCGUUGGAUCUGCAAACAAAAGCAAAAGCGGCGUUCAUAGAUGACCAUUUUGAACUCGCCGUUGACCUAUACUCUCAGGCGAUUGCUUUGAGCCCUAACACCGCCGAGCUUUUCGCCGACCGUUCUCAGGCCAACAUCAAACUCCUAAACUUUACUGGAGCCAUUUCUGAUGCAAACAAGGCAAUUGAAUUGGACCCUUCAAUGGCCAAAGCAUAUCUGCGUAAGGGCAUGGCUUGUAUUAAGCUUGAAGAAUUCCAAACUGCUAAGACAGCAUUGGAAACUGGUGCUUCUUUGGCACCGGAAGAUUCGAGGUUUAUUAAAUUGAUUAAGGAAUGCAAUGAACGCAUAGCAGAGGAAGCUGGAGAAGUGCUUAAGCAAUCGGUUGAUGAAGGACCAUCUAAUGUGACUUCUAGAUCAGAAUUGUUGGGUCAAGGUUCUGUGACUCUGAGUGAUGCUUCUGGAGCUAUUAGUUUGUCCAACGAAGGAGCAGCGGUGUCAUCUACCAAAUUAAAAUACAAGCAUGAAUAUUAUCAGAAGCCAGAAGAAAUUGUUGUUACAAUAUUUGCGAAGCGUGUGCCAGAAAAGAAUAUCGUGGUUGACUUCGGUGAGCAAAUACUCAGUGUUACCAUUGAUCUACCUGGCGAAGAAGUAUAUCAUUUUCAACCUCGGUUAUUUGGGAAGAUAAUUCCUUCAAAAUGUAGAUAUGAAGUAAUGUCUACAAAAGUUGAAAUUCGUCUUGCAAAAGCUGAUGCUGUACACUGGACAUCUCUUGAGUUUAGGACGGAUGUUCCAGUUGUACAAAGAACAAUUGUCUCAUCAGGUAUCCAAAGACCCACAUACCCUUCUUCAAAACCGAAGAGAGUAGAUUGGGAUAAAUUGGAAGCUCAAGUCAAAAAGGAGGAAAAAGAAGAGAAGCUUGAUGGUGAUGCAGCUUUGAACAAAUUUUUCCGUGACAUAUAUAAAGAUUCCGAUGAGGACACAAGAAGAGCCAUGAGCAAAUCUUUUGUGGAGUCACAUGGGACAGUGCUAUCAACUAAUUGGAAAGAUGUGGGUUCAAAGAAGGUAAUAGGAAGCCCUCCGGAUGGCAUGGAGCUCAAGAAGUGGGAAUACUGAAAUCAUCCUGUAAUUUUCCUGUGUUGUGACUCUCUGUUACUUGGUUGUCUUUAUAUUUCUGUCUAAUCUAAGUUUAUAUUAUAUUUCAUCUAGAUAAUCCCAAAGCAAAAGCUUGUUUCAUAUAAGUAUGUAGUUGGCCAUGAACCUAUGUUUGUAACAAAACUAAUAAAUUUUCUUAUAUAUGUAGAACCAUGUGUCAACUUCUUUGUUUCA